CCCACAUGCAACAACAACAUCAACAACAACAGAAGACACAACCACAUCUGUAGAAACAACCAACUCUUCAACAAUCCCAGCCACAACAACCACAUCUCCAACAACAGUCACCACAACCACAUCUCCAGCAACAACAGAAGAAACUACCAUCCCUUCAACAACACCAGACAUAACAACCACCUCUUCAGCCACAACAGGCAUAACAACUCCUUCUUCAACAACAAUGGCCAUAACAACCACAUCUGCAGCAACAACAGCAGAAACAAUAAUCCCUUCAACAAUCCCACACACAACAACCACAUCUCCAACAACAACAGAAGACACAACCACAUCUGCAGCAACAACAGCAGAAACAACCAUCCAUUCAACAACACCAGACAUAACAACCACCUCUUCAGCCACAACAGGCAUAACAACCGCUUCUUCAACAACAAUGGCCAUAACAACCACAUCUGCAGCAGCAACAGCAGAAACAACCAACCCUUCAACAAUCCCAGCCACAACAACCACAUUUCCAACAACAGACAUCACAACCCCCUCUCCAACAACAAUAGAAAUAACAACCAUUCCUUCAACAACACCAGACAUCACAACCCCCUCCCCAGCAACAACAGAAAUAACAACCAUUACUUCAACAGACAUCACAACCCCCUCUCCAACAACAACAGAAAUAACAACCACUUCUGCAACAACAGAAGGAACAACCAUAUUUUCAACAACAACUGAUGUACCAACCACCUCUUUAGUCACAACAGGCAUAACAACACCCUCUUCAACAACAAUAGACUUAACAACUUCCUCUCCAACAACAGAGAUUGUAACCACAUCUCCAGAAACAACAGAAAUAACAACUACUUCAACAACAACAGACAACACAACCACAUCUCUAGCAACAACAGACAGAACAACCAUCUCUACAACAACAACUGGCAUAACAACCACAUCUGCAGCAACAACAGCAGAAACAACCAACCCUUCAACAAUCCCAGCCACAACAACCACAUCUCCAACAACAGACAUCACAACCCCCUCUCCAACAACAACAGAAAUAACAACCACUUCUGCAACAACAGAAGGAACAACCAUAUUUUCAACAACAACUGAUGUACCAACCACCUCUUUAGUCACAACAGGCAUAACAACACCCUCUUCAACAACAAUAGACUUAACAACUUCCUCUCCAACAACAGAGAUUGUAACCACAUCUCCAGAAACAACAGAAAUAACAACUACUUCAACAACAACAGACAACACAACCACAUCUCUAGCAACAACAGACAGAACAACCAUCUCUACAACAACAACUGGCAUGACAACCACAUCUGCAGCAACAACAGCAGAAACAACCAACCCUUCAACAAUCCCAGCCACAACAACCACAUCUCCAACAACAAUAGACAUUACAACCCCCUCUACAGCAACAACAGAAAUUACAACCAUUCCUUCAACAACACUAGCCAUAACUACCACAUCUCCAACAACAACAGAAGGAACAACCAUAUUUUCAACAACAACUGAUGUACCAACCACCUCUUUAGUCACAACAGGCAUAACAAUACCCUCUCCAACAACAAUAGACUUAACAACUUCCUCUCCCACAACAGAGAUUGUAACCACGUCUCCAGAAACAACAGAAACAACAACUACUUCAACAACAACAGACAACACAACUACAUCUCUAGCAACAACAGACAGAACAACCAUCUCUACAACAACAACUGGAAUAACAACCACAUCUGCAGCAACAACAGCAGAAACAACCAACCCUUCAACAAUCCCAGCCACAACAACCACAUCUCCAACAACAGACAUCACAACCCCCUCUCCAACAACAGAAAUAACAACAACUUCUGCAACAACAGAAGGAACAACCAUAUUUUCAACAACAACUGAUGUACCAACCACCUCUUUAGUCACAACAGGCAUAACAACACCCUCUUCAACAACAAUAGACUUAACAACUUCCUCUCCAACAACAGAGAUUGUAACCACAUCUCCAGAAACAACAGAAAUAACAACUACUUCAACAACAACAGACAACACAACCACAUCUCUAGCAACAACAGACAGAACAACCAUCUCUACAACAACAACUGGCAUGACAACCACAUCUGCAGCAACAACAGCAGAAACAACCAACCCUUCAACAAUCCCAGCCACAACAACCACAUCUCCAACAACAAUAGACAUUACAACCCCCUCUACAGCAACAACAGAAAUUACAACCAUUCCUUCAACAACACUAGCCAUAACAACCACAUCUCCAACAACAACAGAAGGAACAACCAUAUUUUCAACAACAACUGAUGUACCAACCACCUCUUUAGUCACAACAGGCAUAACAAUACCCUCUCCAACAACAAUAGACUUAACAACUUCCUCUCCCACAACAGAGAUUGUAACCACGUCUCCAGAAACAACAGAAACAACAACUACUUCAACAACAACAGACAACACAACUACAUCUCUAGCAACAACAGACAGAACAACCAUCUCUACAACAACAACUGGCAUAACAACCACAUCUGCAGCAACAACAGAUAUAACAAACACAUAUCCAGCACCAGCAGAUGGAACAACCAUCUCUCCAAUAACAACAGAAGAAACUACCAUCCCUUCAACAACACCAAACAUAACAACCACAUCUUCAGCCACAACAGGCAUAACAACCCCUUCUUCAACAACAAUGGCCAUAACAACCACAUCUGCAGCAACAACAGCAGAAACAACAAUCCCUUCAACAGUCCCACACACAACAACCACAUCUCCAACAACAACAGAAGACACAACCACAUCUGCAGCAACAACAGCAGAAACAACCAUCCAUUCAACAACACCAGACAUAACAUCCACCUCUUCAGCCACAACAGGCAUAACAACCCCUUCUUCAACAACAAUGGCCAUAACAACCACAUCUGCAGCAACAACAGCAGAAACAACAAUCCCUUCAACAGUCCCACACACAACAACCACAUCUCCAACAACAACAGAAGACACAACCACAUCUGCAGCAACAACAGCAGAAACAACCAUCCAUUCAACAACACCAGACAUAACAUCCACCUCUUCAGCCACAACAGGCAUAACAACCCCUUCUUCAACAACAAUGGCCAUAACAACCACAUCUGCAGCAACAACAGCAGAAACAACCAACCCUUCAACAAUCCCAGCCACAACAACCACAUCUCCAACAACAGACAUCACAACCCCCUCUCCAACAACAAUAGAAAUAACAACCAUUCCUUCAACAACACCAGACAUCACAACCCCCUCUCCAGCAACAACAGAAAUAACAACCAUUACUUCAACAGACAUCACAACGACAUCUCCAACAACAAUAGACAUUACAGCCCCCUCUACAGCAAUAACAGCCACCUUAUCAACAACAGACAACACAACCACAUCUCCAGCAACAGAGAUUACAACCAACUUUCCAACGUCAACAAUCACAACCCAAUCUCCUACAUCAACAACCACCUCUCAAAAGUCUGCUCAAACAGUGGUCAGGUUGCAAUCUGUUACUGAACUAAGCAAUGAAAAUAUCAUCAUAUAUAUAGAAGAGUUUUAUCGACGCAUCCAGGCUAUGGUUAAUGGCACCAUUACAUUGACAGUGAAGAAGAUUGAAAAAGUGACACCCUAACCACAUGGGAACCACUCAUUAAUCAAUACUCAUCUAAAUGAAUGAGCCUAAAG